UCAUUAGUGCGGCAAGUUGCAUUGUUGAAGGAGAGAAACCGUUGGAACGAACGUCGUGCUAAAAGAAAGUCGCAAGAAUCUUCGAAAAUUACUGGAAAAAAGCCAUUUUUCGUGGAAAAUCGGACUAGUUGUCGAUAUCUGCGGCAAUAUUACAGCUAGCAGCUCACUUUUUUUGUCGUUUCUUGUCGAAAAAACAGCCAAAAAGAAUGGCAGAAAACGCAAGGCCUGUUCGCGUCACUCGCCGCAACUUCCAAUCGUCGGGUUUGCUGAAGGAAAAUGUCUUGGCGAAGGACGCCGUCACCCGCAAAGUUGCACCUUUGCAACAUGUGCGCAGCACCCUGGGCGAGAUCAGCAACAAGGCCACCGUCCAAAUGGUUACCAUCGGCAAGGGAGGAGGCCUUACCCUGAACAAACCAAACGCCAAUCUCAAGGAAAAUGCCCCACUGGCUAAGCCAAAGCUGACCCUGGCUAGCAAGGCCACGUCAAAACCAGUCGCUGAGCAGAAACCCGCUGGUCUGAGUGUGAGGGAAAAACCAGCCGCAGCUAAACCAGGCAUCCUGCGCCGCGUCACUAACAUCAUGACCAACCAGGCCGUCCCUCAGACCAAACCCAAGGUGUCUUUGGCUGCUCCCAAGCCUGUGGUCAGGGUCAAGCCUAGCAUUCUGCAGGUUAAGCCUAAAGAGGAGGCCCCUAAAGUGGAAAGUACGAAGAACAAGCCUGACUUCAGUGGCUUCUCGAACGAGCAAAUCAAACAACUGGAAAAGCUGGACACAAGGGACAGAGACAAUGCCCAGAAUGCGGCUGAUUAUGUGGGGGACAUCUACUCAUACUUGAGAGAACUUGAGGUUACCUACAGUGUCCCCAUGGGCUACAUAAAGCAGUGCAAACAAAUGACGUUCCACAUGCGAGCUGUGUUGAUUGACUGGAUUGUUGGUGUGCACCGCCAGUUCAAACUCACCCCUGAGACCCUAUACCUGACUGUUGCCAUUUUUGACCGCUACAUGCCGACUGCACUGGCAACUCCAAAGUCACAGCUGCAACUUGUUGGAGUGACCUGCCUGCUGCUCGCUGCCAAGUACGAGGAGAUCAUGUGCCCGACCAUUGGUGACUGCGUCUACGUGACUGACAACACUUACAACAAAAAGCAGGUGGCUGACAUGGAAAUGAAGAUCCUGUCCGCUCUCAACUUCAACAUCGGCCGGCCGCUGCCUCUGCACUUCUUGCGGCGCUUCACCAAAACCUCUGACGCCACCUACGAGGACCACUGCACGGCCAAGUAUUUCAUGGAGCUGCUGUUGGUGCGGCACGAGUUGUGCCAUGUGGCACCCUCCCUGCAGGCGGCUGCCGCCCUCUGCCUCUCCCUCCUGCUCAACUCGGAGGAGGAACAACCCACCCUUGCCCAAAUGUGGACCCCCACCCUCCAUUUCUUCUCGGCAUACAGUUUCGCUGAGGUUGAGGCGGCCGUCAAGUUGGUGGCAGCUGUCGUAGUCAAGGGUCACACUUCUUCCCUUACGGCUGUGCGCAAGAAGUAUUCUACCAAAAGCCAGGCUGAGAUAAGCCAGUUUGUCGAAGGCAAACUGGAAAUGAUCAAGUCACUCAUUCAGUGAAUGCUGAUAUCCUUGUUGCUUUUUCUAAGUGAUGCUCUUUAAUGUUAACUUUUUCUUUGACUUCAUGAAAAGUAAGCAAAUGUUAUGAGCUGCAUUACAAUUCAUUUUUUUAUGUACAUAAUAUUUUGACCCCCCCCCUGUAAUCAAUUGUUUUAUUGUAUUUAUAAUACUACCAUGCAUUUUGUAAAACAUGACCAGAGCCGUGGCAAUUAUAUUAUGUAAGUCGCGCUUCUGUGACUGUUCUAUUUUGUGUCAAUUUUAUUUUGUAACUUGCCCCCACCAUUGAACUACUAUUGCUAAGAUUGUAAAUAGCUCGAGAUGAACCAGACUGGGUUUAAGUAUUUUUGCACCGAAAUUGUAAAUAGCGCUGCAACAUUGUAUUUUAUAAUCCUUAAACGUGCACCAGACAUUAUGUCGGUAAAAAUGACACGUAACUCGAUUGGAUGUUGCCUACUUAAACUAAAAACUACUAUUGAUAACAGUAAUAAACUUUGAUCACUUGAUUAACAUCAGGAUGUUCUAAAGAAAUAUAAAAAUAAAUAAAAAAAUAAAUAA